AUGGAUAUUAGCAAAAAAAUUCCACCAUUAAAUGAUAUCAUGCCCUGGAUGGCACCCGAAAAACCGGAUCUCAGAGGAAGAUAUACACCAAAUAUGAGAUUUAUUGCUUUGCCUUGUGGACAUCCUGGGCAACGUGUUGAACAUAUCCAGUAUAUAUAUCCAAUAUCUACCAUGUCCAAUGCCAACCCUGUUUCUGCUGAUGUUGAUGUUAAUGGCUCAGGGAAAUCCUUAAAUAAUCUGAAAAAUCGUGUAUAA